AUGUCGACCUUUUCUGACAACACCGCCAGCAAUGCCCCGGGCACCUCCAACGUGCGAUGGCAAUUUAUCGACUCUUCGAACAAUAGUCGAACCAACUUGACCCAAGUGAAGCGUCAUGUUAUGCAAGAAUACAUGCGCCAGAAGAAAAGUGGCACUCGCCAGAGUGAAAGUGAAGAGGAGCAACCACGAGCAAAGCGUGGGAGACCUAAGAAGACUCGAGGUGCAACACGAAGAUCGGAGAGGAAAGCAAAAUCAGAUGGGGAUAACAAUAACAAUCAAACCCGAGCAAGAAGGUCAACGAGAAAGCAAGCUACACGCGAAGAAGACCUUAUUGUCCAGGUCAACCGCAAUAUGUUUGCUUCGGAUCACAUCUCGUCGGAUUCUCCGUUGAUUGCAUCCGAUGAUAUGCCCUCAUUUCCCCCUUUUCGACCAUCUUCUGCCCAAUCUCAUGAUGUUCCUCUUCCACUGGAUGGCUUUGUCGAUGUAAAUCCACAGAGUUCUCCGAGCCAUGAUCUAUAUUUUAACAAUUUCUCAUGGCCCUCAAUCCCCACGAUGCCAUAUCAAUUCAUGCAAUCACCGAGUACUAUGAUGAGCGAUGCGCCAACCGACUCAUUCAACACUCUUCCCAUAGAGCUGGAUCGAGAUGGACAGGGGAUAUUUGACCCCUAUGUGAACGAUAUGGCGACGGCCUCUUAUGGAUCCCACUACCGGCCCAUCGCUCACAACAGUUAUAUAUCAGUUUUUGUGCCUGAGACAAUGAAAGCCGAAUCUCAGAACACUCUCCUUAAUAAUGAUCGUGCUGUUUCCAUGCUCCAGGAGCACCGCUCUGACAAUCUCCAUGACGUCUCCGACAUUGCAAUUAUGUCCUGUCUGAGUGCCGCAGCCCUGGAAGGCUCUGAUCCCCGACCUGGCCGCAAGGAAAUAAGCUGGGUGCACAUGCGAGCUGCACGCGAGAUGAUACAAGCGCGCGGUGGACCCGCUGUAUUUGCAAAAACUCGCAUCGGCAUGAUGAUCAACUGGCAAAAUGAUAUCUUGCCGGGAUAUGAAACCCGUGGGCCUAACUUCUUCUAUGGAUACGACCAACAUGCUGCGGCCUCAUCGGAAUCUUUGGUAUCCAUACCACAACACACUCCCAUUAUACGCUCAACACCAUCUCCGCUAUAUUCCGCGUCCUCGGCCUUCUCUGAAGUCUCGCCCAGCCCUGAACCUCGAACAAUGCUUCCAUCUCACUCAGAAACCAUCCCGGUAGAAGAGACAAAAUUCCAAUGCGAAGAAUUUCUCGAUUUCCUCCGACGCUGUGAACAACUUGCCCUAUACCAACGCGAGAACCCCCAAUCAUCGUACAUUACCCGACACACAGCAGUUCAAGAAACGUCAAUCCUUUACCAAAUACUCUCAGCACCUGCAGGCACCCGAUUCCCCACGCUAUCCGACCGAAAACAAAUGGUCGCCCGCUUAACAGCACUGAUGACACUCAAUGCCGCAAUGUGGGAUUACCGAAACACCCCGGCGCGCGCAGCAAUCUUCCUCGACACACUCGAGAAAUCUAUGGUCGACAGCGAAGUCGGCAUGAAUGGCUCUCUUGAAGCCAUGCUUAAAACUGUGCUUGAAUGUACUGACGGCACUUCUGAUGGCUGGUCCACCAGUGCCGACAGCUUUGCUUCCACUGCACCAAUAGAGGAGCUUCCAGACUUCUCUCAGUACUUUCCAACUGCUACCUCACCCUAUGCGCGCCCGUGGUUCGCUGGUCGCAUGCUGAAGAUUGCAAAUCGGUUAAGCUCUUUAUCGUGGUACCGUGUUAAUGAGUUUUUAUUCUCGUGUUUGACACUCCAGAUGCAGGAGCCCUCCACGGCUCUCUGGGAAGCCAGUUUACGUCGGGAGAUUCUCGAUGGGCCAACUACCUAUGUUGUGCGCUAA